GAGGGAGAGAGAGAGCGAAGGAGAGAGAGAGUAAUGGGAGCCGGCUGAGCAAGCAGCAGCGGGUGAUCGCUCUCCGAGCUGCCAAUGACAGCUGGCAGACAGUCGUGAAGGAUGGCGUCUUGCUCAGAGAUCUGCGGAUCGGAAUACGGCGAGCAAGCCAAAGCCAGUGGUAACUGCCAACAGUAUGGUGUUCGCUCCUACUUACACCAGUUUUAUGAGGAGUGCACAGCCUCAAUCUGGGAACGUGAUGAAGAUUUUCAGAUUCAGAGAUCGCCUAGCAGGUGGAGCUCUUUACUCUGGAAGGUCUGUCUCGCGUUUGGCACCAUCAUUCUGUUUGCAGGCCUGAUUGUCAUAAUUGUGGGCUAUGCCACUCCGGCUCGGAUUGAAGCAUUUGGUGAAAAGGAACUUCUUUUUGUGGACAGCCAGGCAGUCAGUUUUAACCGAGCACUGGAUGUUUGUAAGCUGACUGGGGCUGUACUGUUCUGUGUGGGAGGGACCUCCAUGGCUGUGGGUCUCCUGCUCUCUGCGUUUGCCAAAAGCUACUCCAAAGAAGAAUUAUUCCUCCAGCAAAAGUUUAAAGAGCGAUUGGCUGAUUUGCACUCAACAGUUGGUACUCCCAUAAUGAGAGCACCCACCCCAGGGGAGGGAAAGGUGCCAGUAACACUUUCCAAAGUUCAGAACAUCCAGCCAGUAACCCCCAAAUCAGAAACCUGACAGUCUGGUUAAUGGGCAUUAAAAAAAUUGCUGAGUGAAUUGUGCACUGCCUUUGAGUGAGUGGACUGCGUGUAUCAUACUGUACUGUAUGUAGUUUUAUGCUGAAUUGUUAUCACAUAAAAUAUAAUCUUACAUGACUAAUAGGGUCAACACUUCACACUGUGCUUGACAGAUCAUUUCUGAAAUUUGUCAAUUGAAUCAUGUGCAAUUGAAUCCGCUUUUUACCAUACCAAACAUAACAAAUUAGAUUUUUAAGACACGGAGGCAUUAAGUAACACAAGAACAAAUCAAUACAACACAGCCAGUGAACAAGUGAAUAUGUUCUUUUAAAAUACGUUCACAUUGUGUUGAAGAUAAAUGUGGCGCUGCUUCAAUGAACUGAGUAGCAGCAGGAUAUAUUGAUGCUUAACUCCUUGUAAUGGUCAAAGCACCGGACACAAUAACCAAUCGCAGUGGCUCAAGAUAGAUACAGUAUAUAGGCUCAUAAAAUCACCAGCACUAUGUUGUCUAGAAACAAGCAACAGUGAGUCUUAUUAAAUUUAUGUGUGAUGGAUGUGUGUUUGGGAAAAUUACCAUACACAAAUGAGCAAGACAGAACACACUUAAAAGUCUUGACAUUUUUAAGUUGGACGUUGUCUUCUUGAUUUUAACAUCUGAAAGGAUGAGUUACCCAAACCAGACUGCUUGAUGAAAAGUACAGUGGAUGGGUUAAAGCCUGAUUAACAUUGACUUUGAAUUAAAAGCAAAUAUGUUGACAUGCGUCCUUAUUCAGCUAUCAAAAUAUCCAUCUAUUCGUCCACCCAUCUACAGUAUAAUCUGUACUGCAAAUCGUCAUGAUUGUAGUGGGGUGUGCCGGCACCUAUCCUAGCUAACUAUGGGCACUCGUCGGUGUACGUCUUGAUUUGGUUGCAAACCUAUCUUAUUCAUCAUGUACAUUAAAUUUAUGUUUUUACAUUUAUUUUUCAGAUUCAAAAGUAGCUAAAGUGGAACACAAUUCAGAUUUUAUGCAGUUUGUAGUUCACCAGUGUAACAACAUAUUUCUAAAAAGUUGCUUAACAAAACUUUACUUUGCACAGUCAUUACUAAUUAAGUCAGCACUUGGUACAACAUGAUCACUAACCUUAUGAGACCAUAAUGUAAAUGAACACAUUAGAUAUAUUUUUAAUUAAAACAUAAAUAAAAUAGGGCUGUCAAAAUUAUUGCGUUAACGGGCGGUAAUUAAUUUUUUUAAUUAAUCACGUUAAAAUAUUUGACGCAAUUAACGUACAUGCCCCACUCAAACAGAUUAAAAUGACAGCAGUGUCAUGUCCACUUGUUACUUGUGUUUUUUGUCACCCUCUGCUGGCGCUUGGGUGCGACUGAUUUUAUGCACCAUGAGCAUUGUGUAAUUAUUGACAUCAACAAUGGCGAACUACUAGUUUAUUUUUUGAUUGAAAAUUUUACAAAUCUUAUUAAAACGAAAACAUUAAGAGGGGUUUUAAUAUAAAAUUACUAUAAGUUGUACUCAAAUUUAUCUUUUAAGAACUACAAGUCUUUCUAUCCGUGGAUCCCUUUAACAGAAAGAAUGUCAAUAAUGUUAAUGCCAUCUUGUGGAUUUGUUGCUAUAAUAAACAAAUACAGUACUUAUGUACAGUAUGUUGAAUAUAUAUCCUUUUUCUUUGUGUCUUCUUUCCAUUCCAACAAUAAUUUACAGAAAAAUAUGGCAUAUUUCAUAGAUGGUUUGAAUUGCGAUUAAUUACGAUUAAUUAAUUUUUAAGCUGUGAUUAACUCGAUUAAAAACUUUAAUCGUAUGACAGCCCUAAAAUAAAAUCCUUGGGAUGUUUCUUUCAAAUUCACCCAAGGCUAAAGAAUGUUUCGAGCCCUCUUCGAAGUAGCUACAUAUGGUGGUUCUGUCUUGCCUCAUACAAAUUAGCCACUACUCAGCCUGCCCCACUAAAAAAUGUAGGACUGGCUUUACGUUAACAUUACGACAUGGGGCCAUUUCAAGACUCGAAUCUGAUUUUUACUAAUGGUAACAGAAGUGUCUUUUAAGUAAAAAUGUCGUCUGUUUUCACUCCAAAUUCAGAAAUAGUCAGGCUAGAAAGAACUGAUUUAGUUGUGAAAUUUCACAUAUUGGGUUUGUAAGCACACUGAACUAAUAUGGCAUCCAUAAGUAAAAAUGUACAGAGUUAUAAUGUAUUAUUUAUACAGUUAGAUAUUUUAAUAAGAUACGAUAAUUGAUUUUACAAGUAAACUUAUAAUGUCUUUUUGUUUUUUUGAACCACAGAACAUGCAAACCUACAGCAAAUGAUCGAUCGUAUAAAUGUUAUCCAAUCACAUGAGUGAGAGUGAUAGUAGGUGAUCAAUAUAUGUGCUUACUAGUAGUAUCAUGCUGUGAAAUGUGUGUUUGGUUUCAUCUUUUUGCUGUCCAAAUGCUGAAGUUCACAUUAAAUAUAUUUGUUUGCUGAAGAAAUUAUUUAAGCUUUAUUCUUGUAACUUAUUUUGACAUUCAGUCCAUCUUUUGAUGUAACUGUAUAGACCAAGGCAAUUAAAAUGCAUAAAGAACAAGUGAAGUCAAUAUUCAUGAUGUAGUAUAUCUAUUUUCAAACACAAUAAAAGUUAAAUAU